GGUCGGCAAGAUGGGGGCUCGCAGGAGGAAGCGUGCGGCGCGGGACCCUGAGGAGGGCAUCCCGAGCCCGCCCGGCUACUCAGCCAUUCCGAUCAAGUUCUCUGAAAAGCAGCAGGCUUCCCAUUACCUCUAUGUGAGAGAACACAGAGUUCGAGAAGGCACCAAGUCUACCUGGCCUCAGAAGCGUACCCUUUUUGUCCUCAAUGUGCCCCCAUAUUGCACGGAGGAGUGCUUGUCGCGCCUCCUGUCCACCUGUGGCCCCAUCCAGUCUGUGGAGCUACAGGAGAAGCCAGACCUUGCUGAGAGCCCAAAAGAGCCAAAGUCGAAGUUUUUUCACCCCAAGCCCGUUCCGGGGUUCCAAGUAGCCUACGUGGUGUUCCAGAAGCCAGGUGGAAUGUUGGCUGCCUUGACCAUGAAGGGCCCUUUGCUGGUCUCGACAGAGAGUCAUCCUGUGAAGACUGGCAUUCACAAGUGGAUCAGUGACUACGCAGAUUCGCUGCCUGACCCCGAGGCCCUGAGGGUCGAAGUGGACACGUUUAUGGAGGCGUAUGACCAGAAGAUAGCUGAGGAGGAGGCUAAGGCCAAGGAGGAGGAUGGAGUACCUGACGAGGAGGGCUGGGUGAAGGUGACCCGUCGCGGCCGGCGGCCCGUGCUUCCCCGGACCGAGGCAGCCAGCCUGCGGGUGCUGGAGAGGGAGAAGCGGAAGCGCGCCCGCAAGGAGCUGCUCAACUUCUACGCCUGGCAGCACCGAGAGUCCCAGAUGGAGCAUCUAGCACAGCUGCGCAAGAAGUUUGAAGAGGACAAGCAGAGGAUUGAACUGAUGCGAGCCCAGCGCAAAUUCCGACCCUACUGAGCCAUGCUGGCCGUGGGCCCCCGUGGAGAGCAGCAGCGAGUGGGUAGAGGUGUGGGACCAGCAAGAACUGGGGGCCAGGCGUGGUCUGCAACACAUCCAAAGAGGCCGUUCUCUGGGGAACUGGCACUAGGCCCAGGGGCCAUCGUGUCCAGCAGCCCCAUCUCUGAGCCCACGCAGGCUGGAGUGAGGGAGUGUCACCCUUGAUUAUUGUGCUUCAGCCGCCCUGGGCCCAGUGCAGGCGAGGCCUGCCCAGCAGGAA